AGCGCUGGAGGAGCAGAUGUGAGUGGAGCGCUGUAGGAGUCGGUCGCGCCGAGAUAAUUAGCCGCGGAUAUAUUAACGGGAAUAACCGGAUUAUGAGGAUUUGAGGAGGAGAAGUCGCCACAAUCUGGUGUCAUACGAGCCGAGGGAUUAAGUCAGGCGUCCUCAGUCCUCCGGUCGCCGUUAUGGGGAUAGACCGGCGGCGGAGAGCAUCGCUGGCUCUCACCUUGAACUUUGUCGCCUUGUUCCUCGCCGUGUCGGCUCUCACCACCAGCUACUGGUGCGAGGGCACGCGGAAGGUGGUGAAGCCGUUCUGCACCACCGUCAAGCAGUCGUUCUGCAUCGGCUACAACAGCUCCAGCUACAACGACACGCGCACGGUGCAGUACAUCUGGGAGACCGGCGAGGACAAGUACGUGAUGAGGAAGUUCCACACGGGCAUCUGGUUCUCCUGCGAGCAGAACAUCAACAUGUCCGGUGAAAAAUGCAGAAGUUUCAUUUACGUUGCACCUUCAAAUGAAAGAGGAGUGCUGUGGCUGUGCAUUGUUGCAGAGUGCCUGUACAUCCUCCUCCUGGCCACCGGCGGCAUCCUCAUGUCCAUAGAGGUGUGCCACUUCGGCAACGUUAUCGAUGGCCUCAAGCUUAACGCCUUCGCUGCCAUAUUCACUGUGCUCUCAGGUCUGCUGGGUAUGGUGGCCCACAUGAUGUUCACCACAGCCUUCCAGCUGACCGUCAGCCUGGGCCCCGAGGACUGGAAGCCCCAGACCUGGGACUACAGCUGGUCGUACAUCCUGGCGUGGAGCUCCUUCACCGCCUGCAUGGCCUCCUCCGUCACCACCAUCAACCGCUACACCAAAACCAUCCUGGAGUUCAAGCACAAGCGGCGGAACAUCGAGAAGAACCUGAAGAUCAAGCAGAAGCUGCUGGAGCUGGACUCCCCGGAGCAGGUGUGGGACAUGUACAUCAGCUCGGUGCCCAGCGCCGCCGAGGAGCUGCUGGACCUGUCGUCCAACGGCCGCAAGCUCUCCAGCGCCUCCAUCUUCCUGGACCUCAACGACCUCCCCGACCCCCAGGGGGAGGAGUACUGCUAGAACCGGCACCACGGACCCGCCGGUUCGGUCCCAGUGGGCCAGAGAUCGACCAGAACCGGUAGCUCCAUUCGUUAUAACCUGUAGCGGAGCCAGCCUUUUUUUUUUUUUUUUUUGGCUGGAGAGUUGUUUUAGUAGGCGUUAGUUCACAUCACACCUCUGCCUGAACAAUAAUGUGAUGUUAAUGGAGGUUAGAUGAGAUGACGCUCUGUGUCCCCGAACAGCGUCUUCUCCUCAGUCUCUUCCAUCUGCGAGUCACGGACCGCGCCUCUGUUCGUUGCGUUCGAUUCACCUGCGGAUGAAAUGUGCUAAGUUGCUAAAUCACGUUGCCAAAGCGAAGGUCCAGAGGGAGCCGGCGGCGGUGAACGGCACCCGCGCGCGGACCGGGCGGCACCGGGCGGCGGAGGGACGCGUCUUUACCGGCGUCACGUGAGAGGUGGGCGGAGCUCCUCGGUGGACGCGUCGCGGCGCUGCGCGAGGCGCCCCGCGGGCCCACGAGUGCCUUUACCUCCCGGCAGCGUCGCUCUCGCGCCCGCGCGUCACACUGAGCGAGUCUCGCGAUGUUUCCCUCGUAGCUGUCUGUGCAAACUGCCAAACGUCACCGGCGAGAGGAGCGCACCUGUUUGAACCACUCACUACUUGACUGCGGGACACUUUUCGUAUGUAUUUACAGAACUGCGGAGGAAGGAGCGAUUGUAAUUUACAGUGCUUUUAAGUGCAUUUGAAUAUGUACAUUUGUGUAUUUUAUGAAUCCAUUGGUUUCAAAAGGAACUGGUUCCGUUUAACUCCUCCUGCGUCUGCAGUGAAAACCGAAGCAUGGGUCGUUGUGUGUUUGUGUAUCUCAGACUUGGCACUUUUUGUGUAGUGUUCUGUAGCUAAUUUUUGUGGGUUAUUAUUUGCAGCCUCAGAUGUUAAUACGAAUACAUUUCUAUGAGAAAAUAAUUAUUUAGGGGUAAACGAGGAGGGUGUGUCAUAAUAAAAAGAAGGAAUUUCUUUUUACUGGUUUCUGCUGGACUUUUCGCUGAAGAUGCGGUGAUUGUCCACUAGGUGGCGAUGUCGUCCUUUUUUUCAGUAAUUACACACAUACAGAACGUGUUACACCUGUACAUUUUAAUAGCAUUUCAAAAUAGAAUCACUCAGAGAAAUAAAUAAAUUAUUUACAUUA